AUGCGGCUAGCUCUGAUGCUCUGCCUCACCGCGUGCCUCGCAGCACAGCCCGACCUCCGCCACAUCGCAGGCUCCAGCCGCAAGAUCCGCAUGGUCGUCAGCAACUUCUACCUCCGCCUCUCCCACGAUGGCAGGGUCGUCGGCACGCAGGAGGAGUCUUCUCCAGAAAAGAGGGGGCCCCAGGCGCCGCUUGACCUCGCGUCCUCAACAGAAUUACGAAACACCUGCUCAGAUAACGUUUCUCAAAUAUUUGUGCGAUCAUCUCUGUGA